AUGAGUGCUUUAAUCGCUGCGUCAAGAUCUACCAUGGCCUUCCGUGCCGUUGCUUGUACUAAACAAUACAGUGCAGGGUAUUUGCAAUUAGCAAGAUUAUAUUCAUCAGGGAAAUUUCCUCCUCAUACCGUGAUCAAUAUGCCAGCGUUAUCACCAACAAUGACUCAAGGUAACAUUGGUAGUUGGAGUAAGAGUGUCGGUGACGAAUUGCACGCGGGAGAAGCAAUUGCUGAAAUUGAAACUGAUAAGGCCUCGAUGGACUUUGAGUUUCAAGAGGACGGGUACUUGGCCAAGAUUUUGUUAGGAGACGGAACCAAGGAUGUUCCAGUGGGUAAGCCAAUUGCUGUGUACGUUGAAGAGUCGGAAGAUGUGCAAGCUUUCGAAUCUUUCACCGCGGAAGAUGCUGGCGAUGCCAGCACUGAGGCCAAGGCACCAGAACCGGAAAAGGAAUCCAAGGCAGAGGAAUCGAAGCCAGAAGCCAGCGAAAAGAAAUCGAAGUCCGAAAGCGCUCCAGCUCAAUCCAAGCCAGUUGCGGGUAGAAUUUUUGCUUCUCCAUUGGCCAAGACCAUCGCGUUGGACAAGGGUAUCGCUUUGAAGAACAUCAAGGGUUCAGGACCAAACGGUAGAAUUGUGGCCAAGGAUGUUGAAAACUUCAAGGCUCCAGCUGCUGCUGCUGCUGCUGCUCCAUCGGCCACCGCUGCUGCUUACGAAGAUGUUCCAAUCUCAAACAUGAGAAAGACCAUUGCUACCAGAUUAACCCAAUCCACGCAAGAAUCUCCUUCAUACAUCGUUCAAUCGCAAAUUUCUGUUUCUAAGUUGUUGAAGUUACGUCAAUCUUUGAACGCCGCUGCUGACGGUAGAUACAAGUUAUCGAUCAACGACUUGUUGAUCAAGGCUAUUGCAUUAGCCAACUUGAGAGUUCCAGAAGCCAACUCGGCCUGGUUACUUGACCAAGGUGUCAUUAGAACCUACUCCAACGUCGAUGUUUCUGUCGCUGUUGCCACCCCAACUGGUUUAAUCACUCCAAUUAUCAAGAAUGCCCACACCAAGGGUUUGUCUGCUAUCUCGAACGAAAUUAAGGAAUUAGGUAAGAAGGCCAAGGCUGGUAAGUUGGCUCCUGAAGAAUACCAAGGUGGUACCAUCACCAUCUCUAACUUAGGUAUGAACCACGCCGUCAACAGCUUCACCUCGAUUAUUAACCCUCCUCAAUCAGCUAUCGUUGCUAUCGGUACUGUCGACAAGAAGGCUGUUCCAUCUAACGUUAAUGAACAAGGUUUCGUCUUUGAUGAUGUUAUGACCAUCACCGGUACUUUCGACCACAGAACUGUCGAUGGUGCCCUUGGUGGUGAAUGGAUUAAAGCAUUAAAGACUAUUGUCGAAAAUCCUUUAGAAAUGUUAGUCUAA